CGGGAGCUCGCUGGCUGUGAAGAGCCGCAAGUUUCGCCCUAAACUCGUGCAAAGGCCGACACACUUCCUUUUCCGCCGGUUACAACCUAAACUCGUGGCCUUUUGCAAUGGAAGCAUACAGCUUGAAGAAGAAGACGAAGAAAAGGAAGCGCAAGCCGAGCUACGAAGUCCAAGGGGAACAGCUGAGCGACCCAGCUGUCGAUACCGCUGAGGAGGAGGUGGAGCGGCAUGAGAAUAACCAGAAAGAUGACGUCCCCUGUGAUUUAUCUGGCGGUGGAGAUGAAUAUGAGGGAAAUGGAGAAACAACGGGAGGAAAUGGAGGAGGCGAGGGAGAAGAAGCUCCGGCAUCUAAUAAGCUGAAGGCGGGGACGAAUAAACGGUGCGGAAUCAUGACCAAUGAGCCCUUCUCCUCUCUCCCGAUCGCCGAGCCCACAAAGGAAGCCAUCAGGGAGAUGGGUUUCGUGAAUAUGACCCAGAUUCAAGCUAGAGCCAUACCUCCUCUCUUGAUGGGCAAGAAUGUUAUGGGGGCUGCAAGAACGGGCUCUGGAAAGACGCUUGCUUUUUUGAUACCAGCGGUUGAGUUGCUUUAUAAUAUAAAGUUCUCUGCAAGGAACGGCGCGGGUGCUAUCAUAAUUUGCCCAACUAGGGAGCUUGCUAUUCAGACACAUACUGUGGCGAAGGACCUAUUGAAGCACCAUUCCCAGACUCUAGGGAUGGUUAUUGGAGGUGCAGCGCGUAGAGGGGAAGCUGAACACCUUGUUAAGGGAGUAAACAUAUUAGUAGCUACUCCUGGCAGGCUUCUUGACCAUCUUCAAAAUACUAAGGGAUUCAUUUAUAAAAAUCUGAAGUGCCUUAUUAUUGAUGAAGCUGACCGGAUACUGGAGCAAAACUUUGAGGAUGAUAUGAGACAAAUUCUGAAGCGCCUUCCUGAGGACCGCCAAACAGCUCUGUUUACAGCUACACAAACUAAGGAGGUUGAGGAUUUUGCAAAAUUAACAUUCAAGGAAGCUCCUGUAUACAUUGGUGUUGAUGAUGGGAGAUCAAAGGUUACUGUCGAAGGACUGCAGCAGGGUUACUGUGUGGUUCCAAGCAGCAAAAGAUUUCUAGUUUUGUAUGCUUUUUUGAAGAAGAAUUUGUCAAAAAAGGUCAUGGUUUUCUUCUCUUCUUGCAAUUCGGUUAAGUACCAUGCAGAGCUUCUCAAAUAUAUUCAGAUUGACUGUUAUGAUAUCCAUGGAAAGCAAAAGCAGCAGAAAAGGACUAGCACCUUUUUCGAUUUCUGCAAGGCCAACAAGGGUAUCUUGCUGUGCACUGAUGUUGCAGCUCGUGGUCUUGAUAUUCCUUCUGUGGACUGGAUUUUGCAGUAUGAUCCUCCUGAUGAGCCAAAGGAAUAUGUACACAGAGUUGGUCGAACUGCACGUGGGGAAGGUGCUGAAGGAAAUGCUCUACUCUUUCUAUUGCCUGAAGAGUUGAAAUUUGUUUCCUAUCUGAUUGCAGCUAAUGUACCUGUGAAGCAAUACGAGUUUUCUGAAAAGAAGGUGCCAAAAUUGCAGUCUCAACUGGAGAAAGUUGUCGGGGAGAACUACUACCUCCUGCAGUCAGCUAAAGAGGCGUAUAGGUCCUACAUAUUAGCAUACAAUUCACACUCCAUGAAGCAAAUAUUUAAUGUACACCAUCUCAAUCUUCAGGACGUUGCUGCAUCGUUUUGCUUUAAGACACCUCCAAAAAUAAAUCUGAACUUGGAGAGUAGUGCGUCCAAGUUUAGGAAGAAGAUGCGGAGAGUGAAUGGCCGUUCUGUCAAUGCAUAUAGGAGUGAAGGAGGUGAUAAAAGACAAUUUGUUAGGCUUUAAAAAUGUCAUUGUUUAUUUAUGUAGCCCAAACCAAAUGAAUUCUUUAAUUGUUAUAAAUCUUUUAAUUCCUUUGAAUAAAAAGCUUAAUGAAUUAGAUUUUGACAUC